AGAUUGAUGAAAAGAAUGCAGAAAACAGGAGAGUACUGUGGCUCCUGCAAUAUCUUGCCAAUAGAGAGAAGGUAAAUUAAUCCAAGACAUAAUGAAAGCACAGAAUUGAGAAUACAGUCCACGAACAAAAAAAGUGUGGAAUAAUAAUAUGGUCUUCUCGGUAGCGUCAUAGUCAAAAAGGAACUUCAAAUAAAUAACACACGAUCUCAUUAUGCAUUGCGACCUUUAGAGGAACAUGGGGAUUUUGAAGAGAGAAAUAAAUGAGCACUUUGUCUAAUUCAGGAAGACGAGAAAGAAUUAUAAAUAAGGCGGUUAUUCAAUCCGUUACGAAUUUUGCGCGUAACGAUCACCGCGUCUGACAGAGCAAAGGAUUUUUUUUCUGAUACCUUAUUUGAAUGUCAUCGUGAAGACAGCCAAUCAGAUCCAACGUCGGGGGGAAGUGCUUUUCCGUGCCCGCGCAGUACGCGGGGAGGUGGACAGAAGCGACUGACAGAAACAACGUAGAGCUGCACGUUGAGAGUUGAAAACCUUGGAACGUUUUUGAUUCAGAUUCAUUGUGUUGCUGUGGAUAGUCUGGAGUUUCUUCUCUUUUGCCGCUCAAACAGAAGGAAGAUGUUGGACAGAGGAAGCUAUAACUGAUUCAGAACAAGAAACCAAUAGAGGGGUCGGACCUAGUGGGAGGCCACCCCUCCAGUCAUGGGGGAUGGGUGUGCCAGCACAGGGGGGGAGAGGGUGAACCACUCCCAUGUCCUGUUUGACCGUUUUGUCCAGGCUUCCACAUGUAAGGGUACUCUCAAGGCUUUCCAGGAGCUCUGUGACUUCCUAGAACUCAAGCCCAAUGAAUACCGCAUCUUUUACCACAAGCUUAAGUCCAGACUGAACUACUGGAAGGCCAAGGCCCUAUGGGCCAAACUAGACAAACGUGGCUCCCACAAAGAUUACAAGAAGGGGCGAGCCUGUGCCAACUCAAAGUGCCUGAUCAUCGGUGCGGGGCCAUGUGGUCUUCGGACAGCCAUUGAGCUGGCCUUUCUCGGGGCGAAGGUGGUGCUGCUGGAGAAGAGGGAUGCUUUUUCCAGGAACAACGUGCUCCACCUCUGGCCUUUCACCAUCCAGGACCUGCGAGGUCUGGGGGCCAAGAAAUUUUAUGGAAAGUUCUGUGCUGGGGCCAUUGACCAUAUUAGUAUCCGCCAACUCCAGCUGAUGUUGCUGAAAGUGGCCCUGCUCCUGGGCAUUGAGAUCCAUGUGAAUGUCGAGUUUAAACGUCUUGUCGAGCCCCCUGAAGACCAGGAGAGAAUUGGGUGGAGAGCUGAGGUCCAUCCCAGAACACACCCUGUGAAUGAGCUGGAGUUUGACGUGAUCAUUGGGGCAGAUGGGAGGAGAAACACGCUUCCAGGGUUUAGGAGAAAAGAGUUCCGAGGCAAGCUGGCCAUUGCCAUCACAGCAAACUUUAUCAACCGCAACACUACUGCUGAGGCCAAGGUGGAGGAGAUCAGUGGAGUAGCUUUUAUCUUCAACCAGAAGUUUUUUCAGGACCUGAGAGAAGCCACAGGAAUCGACCUUGAAAACAUUGUUUACUACAAAGAUGACACUCACUACUUCGUCAUGACUGCCAAAAAACAGAGUCUGCUGGACAAAGGAGUCAUUCUGCAUGACUAUGCAGACACGGAGCUGCUACUCUCACGAAGCAAUGUGGACCAGGCUGCACUGCUGGCCUAUGCCCGUGAAGCUGCCGACUUCUCUACCAACCACCAGCUGCCCAAGCUGGAUUUUGCCAUAAAUCACUAUGGGCAGCCAGAUGUAGCCAUGUUUGACUUCACCUGCAUGUACGCUUCAGAGAAUGCUGCCCUGGUGCGACAGCGCCACGGUCACCAGCUACUGGUGGCACUGGUGGGGGAUAGUCUUCUGGAGCCCUUCUGGCCCAUGGGCACAGGGAUUGCAAGGGGCUUCUUGGCGGCCAUGGACUCGGCAUGGAUGGUGCGGAGCUGGGCACAGGGAAGGUCACCUCUGGAGGUGCUAGCUGAGAGAGAAAGCAUAUACCGCCUCCUUCCUCAAACGACCCCCGAGAAUGUGAGCAAGAACUUCAGUCAGUACAGCGUGGAUCCUAGCACACGCUACCCAAACAUCACCCUCAACCUUGUGGGGCCCAGUCAGGUUCGACAUCUUGUAGACACAGGUGAGCCGAGGGAUUCGCGCAUUGACAUGGAAAAUGUGGUUAACUCUUCCACCCCCAAGCUUUUGAGAAAUGAAUCCAUUGCACGGUCCAGCAAGCUCCUCAGUUGGUGCCAGCGGCAGACAGAGGGCUACCGGAAUGUUGCCGUUGUUGACCUCACAAUGUCUUGGAAGAGCGGGAUGGCAUUGUGUGCACUUAUCCACCGUUUCCGGCCUGACCUCAUUGACUUUGACAGUCUAGAGGAACAGAACCUGGAGAAUAACAACCAGCUGGCAUUUGAUGUGGCCGAGCGGGAGUUUGGAAUCUGCCCUAUCAUGACAGGCAAGGAGAUGGCCUUUGUGUCAGAGCCGGACAAACUCUCCAUGCUCAUGUACCUAAGCCAGUUCUAUGAGAUGUUCAAGGAUACGGUUCCCCCUUGUGAGAACCGAAAUUUGAGUCCAGAGGAAAAGGCAGCCUUAAUUGCCAGCACUAAGUCUCCUAUCUCCUUUUUGAGCAAGCUGGGUCAAAGCAUUUCUCGCAAGCGCAACCCUAAGAACAAAAAGGAGAAAGACUUGGAUGGUGUUGGCAAGAGGCGAAAGACCAGCUGUGCCGGCCAGUCAGAAGAUGAGGAUGCAGCAGUGACUUGCUGUGAUGAACAGCCUUCAGUGACCUCAGCAUUGCUGGAGCCUAGUGUGGAAUCCUCAGCCGAGGCAGCUGCUGCCAGUCAUACCCGAGUGAAGUCCAUGGCCACCCAGCUGCUGGCCAGGUUUGAGGACAGUGCCCCGUUGCAGGCCCCAGGCCUCAAGAGACAGAGCUCCUUGCGGAAAGAGUUCCCCCAAAACAUUGGUGGCAGUGACGUGUGCUACUUCUGCCGUAAGCGUGUAUAUGUGAUGGAGCGCCUGAGUGCUGAGGGCAAAUUUUUUCAUCGGAGUUGUUUCACGUGUGACUACUGUGGCACCACACUACGUCUGUCUUCCUACGCUUUUGACCUGGAAGAUGGCAAGUUCUACUGUAAACCUCACUACUGUUACCGACUGUCAGGCCAGGCUCAGAGAAAGAGAGCAGCUCCAGCCGCCCCCCCGCCUAUCAGAAAGGAGGACCUGGUUGCUCCACCUGCAGCUGUCACAGUGGACGGACCAGGAGGAUUGUUAACUACAGCAGCGCUGGCAGAGCACCAGAGCACAGCUGAGGUGAAUGGGGUGCCAGAGGUUGGCCUGGCCAAACGCCUGCGCGGCACGCCGGAACGCAUCGAGCUGGAGAACUACAGGCUGUCCUUACAGCGGGAGGAAGAGCUGGAGGAGGUGCCCGAGGAAACACUGGCUGAACAUAACCUUAGCAGUCUCCUGGACAAGGCAACUGAUGUGGAAGAGGGCUCAAGCAGUUCUGAGUCAGAGAUGGAGGAGGAACAACAGCAGGCCACCUCAGAUUUGGGAGGGGUUCCCUGGAAGCAGGCAGUGGAGCUGCAUGCCAGGCUGAGGGGAUCUGGUUCAGCAGGUGCUCUGGUGGACCAGGGGCCUCAGGUCAGUGCUGAAGGCCACGAAGAAGAAGAGGAAGAUGAGGAUGAGGAGGAAGAUGAAGAUGAAGAGGAUGAGGAUGAUGAUGAUGAGGAGGAGGAGGAUGAAGAGGAAUCAAGUGAUGAGGGCGAGUACUGCCCAUGGGAGAGGGAGCUCCAGUCAGGUCUUUGGCUGGAGGAUCUCCUAGAAGAAGAGGAGAUGGGCACAAUGGAAGCACGGAAGUUGCCCAUCCAGGAAGCCCCACAGUCACCCAGCAUUCCUGUCAUCGUACCUCAUGUGUCCCAAGGAGACAAGGAGGGGGAUAAGGAGGGGGUCUCAGCCUCUUUUUCCCAGCCUUCCCGUUCCACAGCCUCUUCUCACACGUCAUCCCGACAUGAGGCAAUAAGAGCCUGGUUGGAUUCUGUGCCUGGAGAGCCCUGUGAAGAGGAUGAUGAUCCGGAAGCGGAGGCUGGAAGCCCCGACAUAGAGCCUGGCACUGAACUCGAUGAGGAGGACAUUCCAUCAGAUGCUGAGGUGGAUGUUCAGCUUUACCAAAGUCAGCAGCCUGAGCUGCUGCUGGAUGAUAAGGAAAGACAUGAGAGUCUCAUAUUUGUCUCUGACCAUGAACAACCUUCAAUCAGCCCUGUACAGCCUGCUGAGGGAAUUGUGGUCACCCAAGUUGAAGAUAUUGAGGAACCUGAAGCAGUGUCACCUCAGAAAGCCCACUCUCCUGCCUUGGACAAAUCCCCUGAAACUAAUUUUUUCCCAAAGCUGCUUAUAAAGGAAGAAGUCAAACCCCAGGUGAAGCCUCUAGUUUUGCAAGCUGAAAGUACCCUCUCUCCAUCCCCCCCUGUAUCACCAAUUUGCUCACAGCCUGUCCCCCUGCCAGAAGCAGUCAUCCCAAAAUCCCCUGUGACCAGCAAACCCUGUGCCUGUUCCCCGACUGGCAGUGCCCUCUCACCCAUUUGCGCUCAGCAGCUUCUCUGCACUGAACCUUCAGCGCCCCUCUCCUCUGACUCACCUGUACGCACUCCACCAUCAUCGGUGGUGGCCUCCACACCGCUUACUAAACCUGGAUCUGAUAAGCCCUUGCCUGAGGCUCAGCAGCAGCUGGACUCCAGCGAAGAAGCACCUGUCAAGAGAGCAGACAUCAUUGAGGAAUUCUGGCUAAAGAGUGCAGAAAUCAGGAGGAGUCUUGGCCUCUCUCCUCUGGAGAGAAGCAGAGCUCCAGAGAGGACUGUGAAAGCCCCCUCCCCUGACUCUUCGUCAUCACCAAAAUCAUACACUUCUGAAGACCAGUCGGAGGAACUGAAGCCCCCCUUUGUAGGCCGAGUGGUCAUACGGAGGCUGAACAUUACAGUAGAGGGGCAGGUUAUCACCCCUGUUGAAAGAGAACCAAAGAGCAGCGGAUCUGAGAAGAAAGACCUCAGCAGCAGCUCUGGCCUGGGUCUCAAUGGCAGCUCUGUUACUAGUCAAACUUUUAACACCUCUGACUCUGCUAUGCUGACCCCUCCAUCCAGUCCACCACCACCACCACCAGUUGCCAUUAAGCACAUUAAACAUCAAGUGGCCUGGACAAACUUGCCUGAAGACACCUCUGUGCCUGUCCAGGUGCCUAAUCCUUUAACAAUCCCAAAUCCAGAUUCUGUUCCAGCUCCUACUACUGAAACAAAUCCCACAACAGUGGCUGCACCUGCCACCGUAGUGGUAGUCAGGCGGGAGGUGAGCAAGCCUCGUCGAGAAGAGGUCCGUAAGUCUUUUGUGGAAAGUGUGGAUGAGAUCCCGUUUGCUGAUGACGUGGAAGAUACCUACGAUGACCAGACACCAGAUGCCAGCAUGCAUGACAAAUUUUACACGCCUCACAGCAACAAGCCCUUGCAAAUCAAACCCCCUCUCCACCUGGCUCUGAGUAUGGACAGUGGGAAGCUCGGUACUGUUGGGGGUCUGGCCUCACAGCAGCGUAGGGACAAACUUGAGAGUUCCUCUGAGACUAAAGGGGUUGCAGAGGAGACAGUCCAAGCUCGAGAGAGGUCUGCGAAAAGCCAGGCCUUCAGAGAUGCCAUGAUCAGGCAGCUUACCAAGGUGAAGGAAUCCGAACCUCCUAAAGAUGUGUCCAAAGGGGCUUGGAACAUCUCGCCUGAACUCACUGGGAAAGGCAAGAAAACACAUCGGUCAUCAAGCCCCCCCCAGAUGUCUGCAGUGAAGGCCUUAGAGUCCCGUAAGAAAGGAGAGACACAGCUCGCUGGUUCGGGCAGCAAGAGCCAAGACAGCUCUGGUGUCUCAUCAGAGAGCUCAGCAGGUGGCAAGACCAAGAAGCGCAGCUCUCUCUUUUCUCCACGCAAGAACAAGAAGGAUAAGAAAGCCAAGACUGAUGGCCGGUCUUCUGACAAGCAAGGUUCUGACGAUGCACCCAAACACAAAUCCCUCUGGAAGGUUGUCUUUUCAGGGUAUAAAAAGGACAAAAAGAAGAAAAAAGAUGACAAAUCUUGGUCCAGCACCCCCUCCAGUGCCAUGACCUUUGACAUGGGAAAGAGGAGAUCCUCAUCACUGGAGAGGACAUUAGAUUACCACCUGCGAAAAAAUCUGAGUUUCUCUGAAGAUUCUGAUCUGUCCUGUGAUGAUGUGCUGGAGAGGUCCUCCCAGAAGUCAAAAACAGAUAAAGUGUACACGGAGGAAGAGCUGAAUGCUAAGCUGACUCGCAGAGUGCAGAAGGCCGCCCGCCGUCAAGCCAAGCAAGAGGAACUCAAACGGCUACACAGAGCCCAGAUCAUCCAGAGGCAGCUGGAGCAGGUGGAGGAGAAGCAAAGACAGUUAGAGGAGAGGGGCGUGGCGGUGGAGAAGGCAUUGCGAGGGGAAGCAGGGUUGUAUAAAGGGUCUUACAUUAGUCCAAAACACCAUAAAAGAAGAUCAGACUAUUGGGGAGAGUCUAAUUACAGUGAAGUCCUGGACUUGCAUCUGGGUGGAAUGGGCAAGAAAGACGACCCCAAGCUCAUGCAAGAGUGGUUCAAGUUGGUCCAGGAGAAGAAUGCACUGGUGCGAUACGAAUCUGAACUGAUGAUAUUUGCACGUGAGUUAGAGCUGGAAGACCGGCAGAGCCGACUGCAGCAGUUACUGAGGGAGCGUAUGGCUGUAGAAGACCACUUGAAGACAGAGAAGGAGCUGUCAGAGGAGAAGCAGAUCCUGAGUGAGAUGUUGGAGGUGGUGGAACAGCGUGAUGCACUAGUGGCCCUGCUGGAAGAGCAAAGGCUGAGGGAGAAGGAGGAAGACAAGGACCUAGAGGCCAUUAUGCUCUCCAAGGGCUUUGACCUCAACUGGGUCUGAGGGUUACCUCGCAGACUGGUGGUAGCUAUGAACAGGCAGGAAAUGCUGUCAUCACUUCCUCUUGAAGGUGAAGCCCUUGUUUCUUCCGUAGCAGGAAUGUCUGGAGCGUUCCCCCUCGCCGCGCUCAACGUUCAGUCUCAAUCAAGAAAGUUUACAAGUCUUCCCACAACUCACUGGUCCCAUUGGGUGGAUGGAGCAAUGACCCAGUUUGUUUUUUUAACAUAAGACAGCCUUCACUGGUCAUUUUAGUACCUCUUGUUUUUAUUCUCAUUAUCUGAAUUUUACAGGAUACAAAAAGAAUGAUGGGUAAACUCAACCCAUAUUAUGGACUGUCACUGUACAUUUGUACAUACGAAUGUACAAAUUAACAAAGACACCAUUUCAGAUGAGUAUUUAUUUACUGUUACAUGUGCUCUGAAGGGGGAACGAUGCUGCUUGCCUAACCCUCCUCCACACAGCCAAUCUCACUGUUGGGGCGAUGCGCUGGUGAUGACUUUGGCUUCAACUGCCUUUUACUUUGCCUCAUAGAUGGUUUAGCUUGGAUUAUGGGGAACAUUGUGGAUGAGAUCUUCAUGUCCCCACAAUUUGCACAAAGAUUAUUUGAAAGUUUUUAUAAAGAAUAUUGUUUUUUUUUUGUCUAUUUAUUACACUUAACCUAAUGACAACCUUUUUAAGCACUGUUACCUGCACUGACGUUAGGCUGGGUCCAGGUGUUGACAUGCAUUCAGUUCUCUUGUGUCCACAGUGAGGUGAACAAAAGGAAAAUGUUUUAAGUCCAGCUCUCUCAAGUUAAUUAAAUUCAGGUAGAUUGUACAACUAUAAUGAGAAAGGAUUUCUGUGCUGCACCAUUGUGAUUCUCUCCAGGACAUGUCAGGAACAGCUAGCCUGCACUCCAGGUGUAUGUAGUUUCCACUCUCCUUUCCAUUAAGUCUCUUCUUGCUCCCGUGUAUGACGCAGCUCUUGCAUUCAAGAUGUUUCAGGGAAGCACCCUGCUUAUGGCCAUUUCACUGAAAUGAACUAUAAAAAUUCCUUAUGAUAAGCUCCAUACUAUAUGUCUUAGCUGAAACAAUGUGAAAACAUCAAAGGCCUUUAAAUGACUGGGGGCCAUUUAAAUACUGUAAGUUACACAAAUGACAAAACAAAAUUUAUUCUUAGCCAUACAGUGCUGAAAAUAAACCUUAAAAAUGUUUGAGUGUUGAACAAGGCCAUGGUGUCACUCCUUGUGCUGCUGGAACAUUGCACGUACAAAACAGGAACUCUUUUUUUGCAGAUUAUCUUCAUGCCUUUACACUUGAAUUUUAAAUAAUAGCCACCUGUGUUUGUACACAGAAUCACACCUGUAACAGCAACACUGACAGUUCACAACCAUUAGUUUAUAUCAUUUUGUAAAACGGUUUUCUAGGAUAUAUAAGCAUCAAGACACAGUGAAUGGAAAGGUACAUAAGCUUGUGAAGGAAUCGCUCACGCACCUUGUCGGCUUAGUUUCAUACCUGGCAGCUUCAUGUUUGCAUUUACAAAUGAGCAGGAUGCAGGUUAACACUUAGCUGCCAAAUUGCUGUUUCUCUGUGGUUGGUCAUCGCUUUGCUGUGUAGUUGCUCACUGUGGCAUUGUAUGUAAUUUCCUUCAAAUUGUACAUGACCUACAAGUUCUACAAGAGUGGAACGUUUGGAAGGAAGUAUUUCUAUUGUUUUUAUUUUUAUUUAUUAACUUGUGGAAAAAAUGAAAUGUAUUAUAUGUACAAAUGAUACUUUUUAAAUCUGUUUCUGCAGUUGAUUAGUAGAUAAACUGUUGGUGUAUCUUUAGUGAUAUACAAGUGUUUGAUGUACAUUUACUAAGUAAUAAAGCAGUGCAGGGGGUACUUUAAUGAUUUUGUGUGAGGUUCAUGUAGAUGAGUUCUUGUAACUGAUGGUGUCCACCUGUCCAUCCAUUUCCUCACAAGGCAGAAUUGUUCAAAGUUCCCAAUGCUGUAACUAUGAUUCCGAAAUAAUUUCUGUAAUCGUACCAGCGGUUUCAGUUUAUGUAUCGCAUGCAAUGGCAUUGGGCCCUAUUUACGUUUAUUCAUUUAGCU